AUGUCGUACAGAACUUCUACUGUUGAUUCUGGAUCAGAGAACGACUUUGAAGGAUUCGUAGACAUGAAAAUGAAGCCUUCGGCUUCGAAACAAACUAAGACGGCUUACAAAAGAGGAGCUGAAAAAGCGAUUGAUAAGAAAAAUAACAAAAAAAAUAAACAGGCAAAAACAAGUUCAUCUUACAGAGAAAUCUUAGAAGAGAAAUUGCGGGCGGAAGAUUAUGACGAAGAAAUCUUCAACACAAUUACUUUCAGACAGGGAGAUGGUUUGGCUACCAUUAAAAGUUUAUUUAAUCCGGAAGAUAUUGGGACCGACUACUGGACAAUAACACACUACAAGUGUAAAAACAUUAAAAAUGUUCCUCAAAAGGAGAGGUAA